CCCAGCAAAGUGCAUACACCUAGCAUGACGAGGCGAGGCUUAUCCAGUCCCUCUCUGUGUGUUGUUGUGCUUGUCUGUGUCUUGUUCGCGCUUGUCUUUCUUCCCUUCGCUUCCCUUCGCUCCAACAACUGCAAAGAGGAGGACGAACUCAAGAUGCGUUCUGCACCUGUUGUAUCACUGUCGUUACUGGCCGCGAGCGCCACCGUCAACUGCCAAACCCAACCCGACUCAAAGGCAGCGAGCUGGGUUCCCGGGAAAGCCUUCGACCGAUUUGUCGUCAUUUGGCUCGAGAACACCGACUAUGAUCUUGCCUUGGGCGACCCCAGCCUAUCAUGGCUGGCCAAGAAAGGCAUCACACUGUCCAACUAUUUCGCCGUUACCCACCCUUCCAUGCCCAACUACGCGGCUUCCAUUUCGGGAGAUUACUACGGCUGCAACCACGAUGACUUGAUUGAAAUCCCUAGCAAUGUCUCGACUGUGGUCGACCUGUUGGAGGCCAAGGGCAUCAGUUGGGGCGAGUAUCAAGAGGAUAUGCCUUAUACCGGCUUCGAGGGGUUUGAAUACAGAAACCAGAAGACGGGAGCCAACGCCUAUGUCCGAAAACAUAACCCGGCCGUCUUGUACGAUUCAGUGGCCGACUCGCCGGCUCGUUUGUCCAGAACCAAGAAUUUGACGUCCUUCUUCGUGGAUCUGGAAGCCGACAGUCUACCCCAGUGGGCUUUCAUUACUCCCAACAUGACAAGUGAUGGCCAUGAUACUACUGUGACCGUUGCCGGGACUUGGUCUAGGAAAUUUCUAGAGCCGCUUCUAAACAACCCCAAGUUCAUGAAGAACACGCUAGUGCUGCUGACCUUUGACGAGAACCAUACCUACACGAAGCAAAACCGCGUCGUCGCUAUUCUCCUGGGCGACGCAGUACCCAAGGACAAAGUGGGCACCGAGGACAAAACAUACUAUAACCACUACUCGGAAAUCUCAACGGUGCAAGCGAACUGGGGUCUCGACACGCUCGGUCGUUGGGAUGUUGGCGCAAACGUCUUCCAACUUGUUGCGGAGAAGACGGGUGAUAAGCUGCGAUCAUGGUCGGGGAAGGUUCCCUUCAAAGAAAUGUUCUUCAACGUCUCAUACGCCGGAAAGCUGAACAAGAAGAACAAGACUGUUCCCUGGCCCGUACCAAACACUGCGCUGGAGUACGCGGGAAGGAAAGUCGCUCCUGUCGUCGUGGAUACAUGGAAAAACAAGCAGGCGGAUUCGGUAUAUACUUCUGCUUUGGAGAUACCCGAUGGCCUUCACCCGGAGGCAGAAUUUCAGAAACCUUAG